AUGACCCGGGGGAAUGCACUGACAGGGAAGAACCCCAGGGUCUACCUCGAUGUUGCCAUCGGCAAUCGCACAGGUGGACGAGUCAUCAUCGAGCUCUUUGCUGAUGUGACGCCGCGGACAGCCGAGAACUUCCGUGCGCUCUGCACGGGUGAGUAUGGCUUGGGCCGCACGACGCGGAAGAAGCUGUGCUACGAAGGAUGCCAGUUCUUUCGAUCCGCUAAGAACUUCAUGAUCCAAUCUGGAGACUUUCAGUUCAACAACGGUGAUGGAGGCGAGAGCAUAUACGGCGGCACCUUCAACGACGAGGAUUUCGCCAGACGCCACACGCAGGCCGGGGUAGUCAGCAUGGCCAACAAGGGUCGAAACAGCAACGGGUCCCAGUUCUUCAUUACUCUCAAGCGAAGCGUGCAGCUUGACAACAAGCACGUCGCAUUUGGACAGGUGGUGGAGGGCAUGGACGUCAUCCGUGCUAUUUCGGCAGUUCCCACUGAUCGCGAUGAGCGACCCAGGGUGCCUGUCACCAUUGUUGGCUGCGGGGAGGUCGCUGAAACUGGAUAG